AUGCCUGACGAGAUUCUCUUUCUGUACGGAGGAGACAAACCAUGGACCCCUGACGCGUGGGCCACGUCGGACGACCGCGUCCGCGGCGGCGCCAGCACCUCCCACCUCACGGUGCUGGGCCCCCGGCACGCCCGCUUCCACGGCCACCUCGACACCACGGCCCUCGGCGGCGCCGGCUUCGCCUCGCAGCACUCCCGGGGCGAGCUGCGCCUCGACCUCGGCGCCUACGACGGCAUCGUCGUGUCCAUCAGGGGCCCCGAGCCCGCCGACGGCAAGCGCUACGCCCUCACGCUCAAGGACGAGCUGCCCCCGCCGAGGGGCGACGGCCGCCAGCAGAGCUCCCUCACCUGGGAGGCCGACUUUGUGGCCGCGGGGCCGGGCGACGUCAAGCUGCCGUGGGACCGGUUCAAGCCUACCUACCGGGGGAGGGGGCAGCCGGGCGCGCGGGAGCUGAACCUGGCGAGCGUGAAGCGGGUCGGCCUGAUGAUGCGAAGCUUCUUUGGGCAGCAGCAGGGGGACUUUGCGCUGAACCUCUUUUCCAUCUCGGCUUGGAGGCAUGUUCCGCAUGGCGAGGGGCAGCAGGAGCAGGAGCAGGAGCAGGAGCAGGAGCAGGAGCAGGAGCAGGAGCAGGAGCAGGAGCAGGAGCAGGAGCAGGCCCGGGCCCAGGACGAGGACGAGGUCGACGACGACGACGACGAGGAUUUCAAGGCUCGGCAGGCCAUGGGUGGGCAGGGGCCGCGGCGCGCGUGGUGGAAGCGGCUGCUGUGCGGGAUGGUGUAA